GCGGGCGGCGGGGCCUGAGGCCCGUGCCCCGCAUGGAGCGCGGCGGCAGCGCGCUGGAGCCCGGCUUCUCGCCGCAGGAUACGCCCCGCCUGAUCGUGGAGGACUCGCAGCCCGAGGGCGCGGGCGCGGCGGAGGACGCGGAGCAGGCCUGUCUCGGCGUGCUCGCCCGCCGGCUGCCGGCCCGCUGCAGCCCGAGCCCCGUGCUGGAGUUCGUCUGCGGCCCCGCCGGCGGCCGGGCCCCCGCGGGUGGCGGGGCGGCCCGGGGGAGCCCCGCAGGUGAGAGGCGUGCCCGGGCGGCCCGCGCUGUGCUGGCAGCGCCGAUGGAGAGCCCUGCCCGCCCUGCUGAGGAGGGGCCGCCGCCCGGCGGGGAGAGCAGCGCCCUUGGGGAGGCAGGGACGGGAGGUGAAGGUGAUGCUGAGGACUCUGCUGCUUUGCCGUGUGUAGAAGAUACAGGCAUGUCACAGCUGCCUUUUGGAGCUCUAGAGCUCUCACAGAGCCAGGACUUUGAGAGUGACUUUGUGCCCAAUGAAGGAGAUGCCACACGUCAAUUUCACCCUGGAGCUGCUGGCCCUUCUUCCAGACUUGUGAAGAAUUAUACUAAAGAUGAGCUGCGAGGGGACAGCACAGAACCUGUCUCCAGCACAGAGGCACAUGCUGCUUUGGAAAGCCAGGCACAGAAGUCUGAAAGAGCUCUGCAGGAAGCAGAAGAGUGCACCAGGAAACAAAUGCCAGCUUGUGACCCCACUAAAACUGGGCAAUCCCUGGAUUCUGAUAACGAGGAGUUGGAUAUCUUGUCAACUCAGGAAGAGAUGUUUCCUGAGAAUAAUGCAGCAGGGAGCAGCUGCCCCACAGCCAGGGAGGAAGAGAGAAGUUCCCUGGCGUGCACCCCGGCACGCAGCCUGCAGCUCCUGCAGCUCUCUGGACAGGGGCCCCUUGCACAGGAGAGUCAUGCCACUGUCUCUUCAGGCCUAGUUGUUCCUCCUCCCGUUGCCUUUGGAUCCAAUGCUCUUGUCCCCAGCAGUCCUACUGAACAAGCAAAAGAUGAACAGGUGGAUGUAUCUAUGACUGCAGAAGGUGGAGAGCUGAUCCAGAAGCAGAGAGGAGGUACCCCAGUGGAGAUGGCCAUUCCAUGUAUCCCACCAGGACCACUUGUCCUGCCACAGGCUUCAACUCCAGUGUCCCAGCAUGCUCCAGACUUCUUUCCUGGAUCUGUACCUAUACCAUCACAACCGGAGUUCUCUCAUGAUAUCUUUAUUCCAACUCCAAGCCCAGCAAAGAAGCAUGAAGGAGAAGGAAAAGCUGCUGCUUUAACCCAUUCAUACUUACCAGGAGAUCUCUCUGGACCCACAGAUGCUGUGCUGAAGAUGUCUGCAGGUGACUCUGUGUCACAGCCUUCUGAGUCUUGCCAGCUGUUGCUCUCUGCCAGCGGCUGCAGCCAGCCCACAGACACAGAGCUCAGCUCAGGCUCUCCCAGCACAGCCUACCAGAGAGACACCAACCAGCCAGAGGUGGUUUCUGAGGGCAAGGCCACUGGCUUGAGCCUCUGUUCUGUGGAGAACAGCGACGUGAAACUGAGGAUGGAUACAGGUGAUCAAGCCUCCUCUGAAAACUGCAAAGAAGCAAAAAAGGAGGAUUUACAGACUGCAGGAAAGCCUGUUAUGCAGUUAGGUAGUGCAGACGUAUCAGGAGAUGGGUUAACAGCCCCUGCAGCUCAUCAGGACAUGCAGUGUGUUUCUGGAAGUCAGGCUCCUGCAGAUCAGUCUGGUCUGCCUGAGAUUUUGUCAAGCACUCAGGGUAGAGAAGCACCAUCUGAGGGUAAUCCAUUAGCAGAAACAGCUGAACAUGAGGCCGUUCCUGAGACUCAGUGUGAAGAACAAGAAGAAAAACUGCAAAUAAAAGAGAAGGAAAUAAAUGAAGAUGGGUCCCCUGUUAAUACAACACUUUCUCAGAAAUUUAUUCUUGAAAGGGAAGAACAGUGUCAUGAAGAUAUGGAAGUGGAAUUUGCUGAUGGUUCUUGUAAAAAUAGCAAAAAUUUGUCUGAUCAGGUUGAAGAAUUAGAAAAGAUUGAACCAGAAAGCUGGGGAAAAGAAACUUCAAAAGGUUGUACUUUUGGCACCGGCGAGGCAAAAAGCAUGGAUAAACUGUCCUUUAAGGCUGCUUCAGAAAGCAUGCCAAAGCACAAUAAAGUUUUGUAUGAGCCUUCUGCAGGGGAGUUACUGGGACAGAACAACAAUUCCUUUCCUAAGUUUAAAAGUGACGUUCCAUCAAAAGUAGUGUUGUGUGCCAAAGAACAGCCUGGCUGUUCAGAAUCAGCACAGAUAACAAUGACAGGUCAUCAGCCACCACCUCCAGACACAGGGGUUGACAUGCUGGUGACUCAGCAGGAGAAACAGGUGCCAAAGAACACAGAGGAUACUGUCACAGGAACGAAUCAGGAGCAAGAAGAGGAGAUGCAGCCACAGGAGAAGGGAACUGCUAAAUCCCCCAGUCCUUUCAGUGGAACCCCGUUUCACUUCAGUUUGCCCAAGGAGGGUGAUGCCAUUCAGGCCUUGACCAGCAUAACACCACCUCUCAGUGGCCAGCUGAAAAUGGGGCCCAGGAGGCACAGCACACCCAUUGUGGAUGAUAGUUGCCCAGACAACACUAUAGCAACUAGUGAUGUCACAGCAGAGGGCACGAUGGGGACCAACAAUGUCACCGUGGAAAGUGCAAUGGCAUCAGCAGAUGUGUCAGAAGUGUGUGAGAAGGGAGAUUCUCCUGAGGUUCCUGAGGCUGAGGCAAAACUCUCCCCACGAAUGAACCUUGUUCCCCCGGUGAAAGAUGGGAGUGAGGAGUCGCUGCCCUUCAGCUUGGAAAAGCCUACAGCCAGUGACAGGAAAGAUGGAUCUGCUGCUGCUGCCAGCUCCCAGAAAGCAUCAUCUGUGUUUAGUCGUGUCUGUGAAGUUCGUCGAGAGGAUGAGGCCAGAGGUCAUGGUCUUUCCACUUCUCCGUUUAGGGGGAAUCUGUUCAGCUCUCCUGACACACAAGAAGAUGCUGAAUUACAUAAAGAUGCCAGUGGUUGGCAUUAUGAGCAACACAAGGCAGACAACAGUGGUGACCAGGUCUUGGUUCCAGAGAAGAUGCAGCAGGACUGCCAUCAGCAACCUUCUGGUGCAGGGGAUGGGGAGUCUGUGGAGGCUGGUAUUGUAGACACUCAGAGAGAAGAAGGGAGAAGGGUGCAGAAGAAACCAAGUAAGACUGUGCAAAUUGAUGGAAGCCAAGAGAGGUGGGAAAACACCAGGAAUAAAGGGAUUCAAACUACAGCAGACUUGCUUUUUACCCCAACAACUGUUACAACAGCAACACAAACGUCAGAAGAAAUUUGCAGGCAGGUGGAGGUGGGAACCAGCAUGUGUGGGCAAAGACCUGGGCGACAAGAUGCACAUGUCCAGACUGAGGAGAGUGGGGAGAAGCUUGUGAAUGCCUCUGGAGAGGACAUGGACUCUCUGCACAGUCAGGGAGAGGAGGAGUUUAACCUCCCCCCCGCCAAGGGCCGGGUCCGGCACCGCCACACGCGGACCAUCCGGGAGGUGCGCACCGUCGUCACCCGUGUGAUCACAGAUGUGUUCUACAUCAAUGGGGCAGAAGUGGAACGCAAUGUAGUUGAGGAAACUGAGGAGCCUGUAGUGGAGUGCCAGGAGUGUGAGACUGACACAUCCUCCUCUAGAACUGCAGUGGGCUCAUCACUGACCUCAGGGGAUCUUGGUGAUGUCAGCUCCUUCUCAUCUAAGGCCUCAAGCCUCCACCGCACAUCGAGUGGAGCAAGCAGUGGUCACUCUGCCACACACAGCAGCAGCUCGGGGCGAGGAGCUGGAGCUGCCAAAGGAAAAGUGUGUGGGACAGAAACUGGAGAAUUUGCUUUACCUGUUGGCAGAGGCGUCUUAGGAAAAUUAAGCCCUAGGAAAGGAGCAGGUCAGCCAGCAUCCCCGCUCAGAGUUAACCAGGCAGGAGCACUGCCGUGUGAGGAGGAGGAGGAUGCUCUGCCUGGCACCCGCCUGGGUGGCAGAGCACCUGGGACACCUCGUGGACGAGGAAGAAGAGGCCGCCCACCAUCUCGAACAACAGGAACAAGAGAUGUAGCAGGACUGCCUGGUGUUGAGGAUCUCUCAACUACAGCGUCACCUGAGGAGAAAUCAUUUACUCGCUCAGUUCGCCUGGCAGAUGGAGGGGAGAAAUCUGACACUUCUGGCUUCUGUGCCUUGCGUCGAAGUGACUCUCCAGAAAUCCCACUGCAAGUGGUGGCUGGGUCUUUGGACUGCACAGACUCAUCCUCUGGGAACAGCUUUGUGGGCCUCAGGGUUGUAGCAAAGUGGUCCUCAAAUGGGUACUUCUAUUCCGGGAUGAUCACCCAGGAUGUAGGGGCAGGAAAGUACAAGCUGCUCUUUGAUGAUGGAUAUGAAUGUGAUGUGCUAGGAAAAGAUAUUUUACUCUGUGAUCCCAUCCCACUGGAGACUGAGGUGACUGCACUAUCAGAGGAUGAGUACUUUAGUGCAGGUGUGGUGAAGGGGCACCGGAAGGAGUCUGGGGAGCUUUACUACUGCAUUGAAAAGGAAGGCCAGAGGAAGUGGUACAAACGAAUGGCUGUUAUCCUGUCUCUGGAACAAGGAAAUAAGCUCCGGGAGCAGUUUGGGCUGGGUCCUUAUGAACCUGUCACGCCCCUGACCAAAGCAGCUGACAUCAGUCUGGAUAACCUUGUGGAGGGGAAGCGGAAGCGACGCAGUAACCUUGGUUCUCCCAGCACUUCCAGCAGCAGCACAACUCCCACUCGUAAAGGGCAGGAGAGUCCACGUGUCCCACCAGGCACACUGUCUGGGAAAAGGAAACUCGUUGCUUCUGAAGAUGAGAGAUCCCCAGCUAAACGUGGCCGCAAGUCAUCAACGAUGAAGCCUGGGUCUGUGAGAGCUGGAGAGUUUGUAAGCACCUGUGAGGGUGUAGAAGCUGUAGAUCCCCCAGUACUGGAGGACCAUCAUGGACCCUUGCCCCACAAUAAGACCCUCUUUCUGGGCUAUGCCUUUCUUCUCACUAUGGCAACACCCAAUGACAAGGUUCUCAAUCACCAGAAGGCAUCAGAUGGUCCUGCAGGGAGCAGUGAGGAAGAAGAAGAGUUUUUACCCAUGACUCCCUAUGACAAACAUUUCAUAGCACGGCAGCUGCGGGCAGGAGCUGGCUACAUCCUGGAAGACUUCAAUGAAACCCAGUGUAAUGCAGCCUAUCAGUGUCUUUUAAUCGCGGACCAGCACUGUCGAACUCGGAAGUACUUGCUGUGCCUUGCCAGGGGGAUCCCUUGUGUGUCUCACCUCUGGGUCCAUGAUAGCUGCCAUGCUAACCAGCUUCAGAAUUACAGGAAUUACCUUUUGCCAGCUGGUUAUAGCCUCCAGGAGCAAAAACUGCUAGAAUGGCACCCACGAGAAAACCCAUUCCAUAACCUGAAGGUGCUCCUGGUGUCAGACCAGCAGCAGAACUUCCUGGAUCUGUGGUCUGAAAUCCUCAUGACAGGGGGAGCAGCAUCUGUUAAACAGCAUUUCUCAAAUGCUCACAACAAAGAUAUUGCUUUGGGUGUUUAUGACGUGGUGGUGACUGAUUCUUCCUGCCCAGCUGGUGUCUUGAAGUGUGCAGAAGCUUUACGGCUGCCUGUUGUCUCACAGGAGUGGGUGAUCCAGAGCUUGAUUGCUGGGGAGAGAGUAGGAUACAACAAGCAUCCCAAAUACAAACAUGACUACAUCCCCCACUGAACUCAAACUUUGCCCUGCUGUUGUGCAGACUGUGUUUUAAUCAGGUUUUAAAUGUUUGUGUAGUUGGACAGUGUGCAUGGAUUACUGUAUAUAGUUUUAUCUGCUGGACUUUUAUGAUGAAAUAAAUGUUCAAUCUCUUGUGGUA